AUGUCUGCAAAACAGAUCAAGGACUGCAUCCAAACAGAGGCUGGCGCAAUCGAAGCCAAAGUACUAGGCAGCGGCACUCCAAUACUCGUGAUACACGGCAGCCCAGGCGGCAUCGACAGUGCAAUCGCAAUGAGUCGUUUUCUUCUAGACCAAGAGGGCGAAUUCCAGACUAUAUGCCUCUCGCGCAUGGAUUAUCUCAAUACUCCGUUGUCCAAAGAUGACAGCUCGAUCAAUGCAGAAGCGGAUCUGAUUGCUGCUUUACUCGACACUUUGAAUAUCUCUCGCGCUGGUGUGUUGGCAUGGUCGGGAGGAGGACCUGUCGCUUUUCAGCUAGCUGCACGACACCCAACACGAGUGUCUUGUGUGAUGGCUAUCGCGACUGUGAGCUCAAAGUAUAUCCCGCCCAAGCCUUGCAUAAUCGAUCGCAUCAUGUUCGGCACACGAUUCGGAGAGCAUGUGAUAAAGUACCUGGCUUCUCAUGCACCAGACCACAUAGUGGCACAAGCACUAGAGCAGGAAGGCUCUCUCGGACGCGAUGAGCUACAGACCCAAAUCGCACACGUCCUAGCCAACUCAUCGCAACGACAGCUUAUUCUCGACACAGCGGUAACCGUGAACAUAGGAAACGAGCGCAAAGCCGGCUGGAAAAACGAUAUGGCGGAUUUCGCAGCCAUUGGUCGACUAGACCUCGAGCAAAUUGAAUGUUCCGUUUUGCUUGUGCAUGGUGAUGCUGAUACGGAUGCGCCUUUGCAUUAUAGCCAGGAUGCACAUCAGCGUUUGCGCAAUAGUGAGCUUGUGACGAUACCUCGAGGCACGCAUUUGGGGUUUUAUGCACAUCCACAGGCGUGUGAGAUGCAGGCAAGAGCGAAAGAGUGGUUUCAGUAUCAUGCAAAAGAAGCUGAAGAGCAUUGA